CAGUAGGGGGCAAGGCCAGAGAGAAGCUACAGCAGCAUCGGAAACCAGCCGGGUUUUUUAGAAACGAACCCUGCGAGAGGAGAAGAAGGACGCGGCGACAGCGAGAGGACGUCAGGGCAACGCAGAGGACACUUUCCCCUCCGGGAAAAGCUUUCAUAGAACUGCAGAAAUACGUCCACCAACAGAACUAUGGGAGAAUACUACCAGAUAUUAGGAAUUCCAAAGAAUGCAACACCAGAGGAAAUCAAGAAAGCUUACAGAAAACUGGCAUUAAAAUGGCAUCCGGACAAAAACCCCGACAACAAGGAGGAGGCGGAGAGGAGGUUCAAAGAGCUGUCAGAGGCGUAUGAGGUGCUCUCAGAUGAAAGUAAGAGAAACAUGUAUGACCGCUACGGCAAAGAAGGCCUAUCAGGAGGAGGAGGGGGCCACCAGGAUCACUUCCGUGGGGGUGGUUUCACAUUCCGUAAUCCCGAGGACGUUUUUAGGGAAUUCUUUGGAGGUAGAGAUCCAUUUGCAGAUUUGUUUGGUGAUGACUCCUUUGGGGUCCGCCACGGUCAUUACAGUAGCACACACCGAGGCAUGAACGGGUCUCUCUUUGGUUUUGGUGGCUUUCCUGGCUUCCACGGGUUUGAUACAGGUUUUGGCUCGUUUUCAGACAUGGGUGGAGGUGGAUUUGCCUCCUUCUCGUCUUCUUCGUUUGGUAGUGGUGGGGGAGGCGGGAACUUCAGAUCAGUGUCGACGUCCACCAAAAUCAUCAACGGCAAAAAAAUUACCACAAAAAAGGUUGUGGAGAACGGGGUGGAGCGGGUAGAAGUCACGGAGGAUGGUCAGUUAAAAUCUCUAACAAUCAAUGACAUCACAGCCCAAGACCCCCUGGAGGAGGAGUUUCAUCGCCGCAGACAGAACACACUUCCUGGCCUGGGCCUGCACCAGCGCUACCUGAGGAACUCUGCUCAAAACCCCUUUGAGGAAGAGGAGGAGCACGGCCCACUGAGUCUGGGCCUAACAAGAGGACAUGUGGAUACCAAAAGGAAGAAGCUGUGGUUGAAGGAGGCAGAAUCCAAAAGGAAGCGAGCUGGACGCCUUUUCCCCAGAUUCAGUGGACUUGGUGCCUUUUUUUGAACUCUUCUGACUUGUACAGAACAUGAUGUCUGAUUGCAGAAGAGCCAUGAGUUCUUUGUGGCAUUAGUUUUUUUUUUUGUGCUAAUUAUUGGCGAGCCGACAGCCUUACUGCUGCUUCAUUUCUCCACCUGUUAAUCAGCUGCAACGCAAAGCUUAACUUCUACAUUAGAUGCUCGCCUGCAGAGACCUCCGUUUUAAUGGUUUAUUUUGUCCGAGACGCGCUUUAACGAUUCAGCUGUGGCUGUGUUUGUUAUUAAUGGAACCUUGAGUUUCAAUUCAUCUCUCAUGAUUGGACUUUCCUAAGUUUUACUGUGUUUUUGGGAAGUUUUUGAAAAGGGCCCAGGUGGAAGGAGAAUGGCAGGAACAGCCUUGUUUGAUACAAAGUUCCUGUGCUAAUUCUGUGAAGCAGGUGAGGGUAUGUGAAGGUCAGGCUAUUCAGUGGAUACUUCUUUUGUAGGAGACAAUGAAAGGGAGGAUAAUGAACUGAAACAGGUUGAAAAUGUUCAAGAAUAUCAUGUUCCUUUUAUCCUGUUUGGACUGUUUUUAGUUCCUUCUAUAUUUCAUUUGGUUGAAAAAUCCCCUCAUGUCAUCAGUGUUUGACUGUUUUUUUUCUAAAUAAAUUGUGAAAAUUGUGUAAAUGCAAAUAUUUGGUUAAAAAGGUGUUCACUUUUCACGGACACUUAAUAAAUGAUUGGGAAAAAAAA